AUCAGAAGUUCCAACGCACUCAGUUUGGCUUCACUUCCAUGAACAGGGAAGAUGACCACAAGUACAGCCACCAAACAAUAGUUAUAAUGGAGAACGACGCAGCAGUGACGGAAUCGGCUACAAACUUGUUCAAGAGGCAUCAAACUGCAUCGACUCUCAUGGUGUACAACAAUGGAUCACUGCAUACCCUCCACAGAAGCCUUAUGUCUCCAUCCCAGCACACAGGUGUGGUACUGGUUGGCCAUGGAAGUCAGACGACCACAGGAGCAUUCCUGUUUGCAGGUUUCAGCCCAGAGGAACUUGCCGGACAUGUUUCCACCCUGAAGACUGAAUUCAUAACGGGUGACAUCGAUGCAGUCAGCCUCAUUGGCUGCAACCUUGGAAAUGACCAGCACUUUGCCCUGAGGAUGUUACAAAGUCUUCGAUCUGUCAGUGUGGAAACAAAGCUGCACUUACACACUGACCUCCUUUCAGUGAACUCUGACGGGGAGAUAAUGACGGGAAGAGAUGGUAUCUGGAGAUCCCACGACCCCAGCAGCAGAGUCACUGCUGAGCUCAGCCCAACAGGCAACCUGUUGACCAGUAAAACACUAGGCUGUGCUGGUUCAGUCUUUCCAAAUUAUAAAGGAAAUAGUUUGUAUCACCACUCCUUGACGUGGCCGAGACAUCCCCAAAUGUUUGUUCCAUUGGAGUUACGCAAAAAGUACCCGUCCAUUGACUGCCUGGAGGGUCUUACCUGGAGCUUGUUUUUUGAGGAGAGUGACAAAAAACGUGCCCCCAAUUACACCCCAAAAGACAAUCGCCUGGACGCAGUUUGGCUUAAAGAGCAAGACAUGAUCCAAGUGGACAAUAUUGUCCUAAAACAUAUCUCUAACAUUCAAGAUCUGCUGGUGGAGAUACGGUACACCGCCCGAGAGGAAAUCACUUCGGAUCUUUUCUACGUUCUAAAUGAAUGCAUUUACAAAGUGCACGGCUAUAAUCUUAGUGUAAGUUUGAUGGGAAAAUUCAUGAGAACCGAUGACGAAGCUGAAAUAGAGCUUUUCCGCCAAUCCUUCAGUGACCAGCAGAGGGAGUCCUCCCUGCAGGAGAUGCAACAGGGUCUCAAAGCGUCAAAAUUCACCGAUUUCUGCCGGCAGACGUUUCAGUUCCAACAGUGCACCUACAACUGUGAGAGAUGGGGCCGGUACUUCAUGUCAGCCGUGUUCUCAGCGUCGGUACGCAACUUCAGAACCUUUUCUCUUUUCCUCAUGAGCGUUAUCGGCUGUGAAGUAGGGCGUUCUGGGGGGUCUGACAGCCCCCUGUGCUCAGCCUUUGUGGGAGAUGACCACCCCAUGAUAACGGAUGAGCCCUGGCCCGAACAGUUGAAGCGAGGAUUCUACGGCUGCACGGUUGAUAAUUAUCAGAUGGCGCCGCAGAACAGACAGUCUUGGUUAGAUCAAGUUGUAGCAAAGGAAAAUGCACUUUACGUUAAAUCCAAGCAGAUAAUGGAUGCUUUCAAUCACAAAGACGAAACGGAGCUGGACAUCUUUGGGAAGAUCAAAGUAAUGAAUAAGUACGUGUUCUCGUCUUAUCUUGAAUAUUUUCGAGGUACACCUGAAGGGAAAAAGCUCAAGAGAGGAUGCACCUCUGGUUUUCAACAGAACUGA